AUGGGCUACCGCACGUGGAACUUCGACAUUGACCGGUACCUCAACCCGCUGGUGCCGUCGCCGCCAUGGCGACACCUACCCUACCCCGUCGCCUACUGGUUCGGCUACCGCAAGGGCAAGCCGCGCGAGAUGGGCAACCUGGUGCCCAUCUUCUGGGCCUUCAUCGGUGUCUUUGGCGCCAUCCUCCUCAUCGAGGGCGUGUCGCGGCACGUGCCGUCGUUUGAGCACAAAGGCGUGCCCAUGAUCGUGGGGUCAUUUGGUGCCGCUGCAGUGCUCGAGUUCUAUUCGAUCGAGGCUCCCCUCGCGCAGCCUCGCAACGCCAUCGUCGGCCAGCUCAUCGCCGCCGUCAUCGGCGUCAGCGUCGGCAAGCUGUUCCAGCUCAGCGACCGCUUCGCCGACAUCCAGUGGGUGGGCGGCGCGCUGUCGUGCGCCUCGGCCACGGCCCUCAUGGCCCUGACCAAGACGGUGCAUCCGCCCGCCGGCGCGACGGCGCUGCUGGCCGUGGUCGACGCCAACCUCAUCCGCAUCGGCUGGUUCCUCAUCCCCGUCAUGAUGCUCGGCUGCGCUCUUAUGCUGGGCGUCGCCCUGCUCGUCAACAACGUCGAGCGCCGCUUCCCCAUGUACUGGUGGACGCCUGAGGCCCUGCGGCCGUCGAAGCCCGCGUUGGUGCGCCGCAAGUCGGACGAGGAGAUGAACGUGGCCGCCGGCGCGGAAAAGGGGGCGGCCGCCGGGGACGCCAGCCACCGCACGGCCGUGAGCGACGGCGAGGGCGAGGGCAGCAGCACCCAGCAGGACCAGGACGACAUGGACGUCGACGACGACGACUCGGAAGGGAACCGCGUCAUGUUUAAGAGAGUGAGCCGGUCGCACCAGCACGCGGGAGAGGUGGUGAUCAAGCCGGGCCAGGUGAUUGUGCCGGAGCACAUGUUUUUGACGCAGGAAGAAGAGCAGCUUCUAGAGACGAUGAGCUACAGGUUAUGA